AUGGUUAUUCAAGGCAUUGAGCAAAGAGACAAAGCUGAUGACCCCAUCAGGAGCACUGAAUAUGGAGAGAUCCGUGGGACUCACAUCAGCUUCAAGAGUUUUGACAAAGGAGUCAAUGUUUUCCUGGGAAUCCCCUUUGCCAGACCUCCUAUUGGGGCCCUGAGGUUUUCUCCUCCACAGCCACCAGAACCAUGGAGUAAAGUGAAAAAUGCUACUUCUUACCCACCCAUGUGUUUGCAGGAUAUUAAUAUCCUAGAAAGACUGAGGAAGUCCUUGACCAUAAACUUCUCUAUUCCUGCUACUUCUGAAGACUGUUUGUACCUCAAUAUCUAUGUUCCUGACCAUGCAAAAGAGGGGUCCAGGUUGCCAGUGAUGGUGUGGAUCCAUGGUGGCCAUUUCCUUUUUGGCUCUGCUUCCAUGUAUGAUGGUUCCCUAUUGUCGGCCUCCCAGAACAUCGUAGUCGUCACUAUCCAGUUCAGGCUGGGUCUCCUUGGGUUCUUCAGCACUGAGGAUAAGCACACAUCUGGCAACUGGGGUUACCUAGAUCAGGUGGCUGCCCAGAGGUGGAUCCAGGAGAAUAUUGGCCAUUUUGGAGGAGAUCCUGGCCUUGUGGCCAUUUUUGAUGAGUCCAUUGGGGGAAUAAAUGCUUCCUCACAUGUUCUGUCUCCCAUGUCCAAAGCCUUCUUGUACAGGACAAUCAAGGAGAGGGAUGUGACCAUCCAACCUGGCUUGAUUUCAUCUCGCUCAGAAUCCAUUACAAGAGUCAUUGCCCACCUGUCUGCUUGUGAGAAAUACAGUUCAGUCUCCUUAGUUGAGUGCCUAAGAAACAAAACAGAGAGGGAGAUCUUGGCCAUUAGCAAGUAUUUCAAGAUAAUACCUGGAGAGAUUAAUGGGCAAUUCUUCCCCAAACAUCCUGAAGAUCCUUUGGCUUCUAUAAAGUUCCACCAGGGCUCCUCCGUCAUCAAUGUCAACAGCAAUGAAUAUGGAUCAAUAAUUCCUGUUAGUUUAGGGAUCACUAAGUUCAAAGAGAUAAGUAGAGAUAACAUUCGACAAAUACUGCUAAAUCCAUUCAUGGGUAUCCGUCCUUAUGACGUAGAUACAAUGAUGUACCUAUAUUUAUGGAAUUUUGAGGAUCCCAAAGAACUUCAAGCUCAAUUUCAGGAGAUGCUGGGAGACUUGGAACUUCCUGCCCUCAGGGUGGCCAGAUAUCAACAGAGUCCCAGUUCUCCAGUCUACUUUUAUGCAUUUCAGCAGGGAGCAAUCCCAUUUGGCAGCAUCAAGUCAAAUUAUGUGGAAGUGGACUACGGUGUUGAGCUGCUUUUUGUAUUUGGAGCUUUUUUACAUGGACCAGCAGCAUAUGAGCAAAAGCUGUUCAGUGUGAAUACAAUAAUCUUUUGGGCAAACUUUGUUCGAAAUAGACCUGCUGUACUGGCUGACCCCAAACCAAAUGAAGACUACCCGCUUCUGCCUGUGGUACAGGGCCUGAGGGCAGAGAAGAUGAAGUUCUGGCUUAAGGACUUGCUUCAGAAGAAGAAAGGGAUGUCCUGGAGAAAUGAGUCCUAGUCUGAACCAUUUUUGCUGCUGCUCUUGUCUAGUAACUUCCAAUCAUUUCCUCUGAGUAAUUCCUUCAUUCCUACUAAAUAUAUGAUACCUUGGGUUAUA